AUGGUUGUCAUCUUGGACGAAUCCGAGAUGGACGAAGAGGCGCGCGUUGAAGUGCCGAGCAGCGACAAGGAGACGAGGAGAGGGAAGUUAGUAGCAUGUGCAGGCGUUGUGCCUUGGAAAGGUGGGUGGCAAAGUGAAGAUCCUGGAGACGAGGUGGGAUGGGAGGUCAAGACUGUUUGUGUAGACGAAGGCGAGAAGUACAGGAGGAAAGGCUUGGCGAUGGGACUAUUAAAGACGCUUGAGGAACUCAUUGUUGGGAGAGAGCGAGAAAAGAUACAAGUUGCAAGGAAUAACGGGAGGGCCAACUGA